CAAAUUGGUGCCCCGCUGGAUGUGGAUGCGCACCAUAUUCAAGACCAAACGCCCACCGCUCCAUUGAAAUAUUGCCACGUCCAGUUAAUUUGGAGGUUACACCAACUAAUCUUGAGGACUCAAAUGAUGAUGAUAAUCUCGAAAAUCUUACUGUAAAUGACUGUAAUUCGAUGGAAGUGAUUUUCCAACUCAAGGGACCGAAGCAGGAAGAAAGUAGUCACUCCAUUGAAGCAUUCAAUAAAUUGAGUUCCUUGCGGUUAGAUAGAUUGCCAGGUUUAACGCGUGUUUGGGAGAUGGGUAGUUCACAACCGAUGUUGACAGGAAGCAGCUUCGGAAACUUGAAAUCGCUGGAGGUUGGUUUUUGCAACCAGUUGAAAUACUUGUUUUCAUCGUCCAUAGUCAAACUUCUCGUGAGUAUAGAGGACAUAGAAGUUCAUAACUGUGAGAAGAUGGAAGAAAUCGUUGCCGCAGAAGAAGAAACUGAUGAAACAAUUACAUUACCUAAAGUGAAGUCCAUCAAGCUUGAAAGUCUGCCAAAACUCAAGUAUUUUUGUGGUGAAGCUUAUACUUUGAAGUUGCCGUCUUUGGAGUUAUUGGAGGUUGAUGACGUGGCAUACACCGCGUUGGGAGUGGCUGAAUGGAUGGGGGACCUCAAUGCCACUCUAAGGAAUAUUUACGACACAAGUAAGGAUGAAGAUAACGAAAUCGACAUUGAGGAUGAAGAUGACGAAAUCGACAAUGAGGAUGAAGAUGAAGAUGACGAAAUUGACGGCAAGGAUGAUGAUGACAAAAUCGACGGCAAGGAUGAAGAUGACGAAACCAACAGGGAGGACGAACACCGUUGAUUGAUCAAGCACAAAGG